AUGAAUCGUGAAUUUUUUGAAAAUUUUAUUGAAGAUGGAAAAAGUGUUAAACAAUUUUGUAGUACUGAAGUUGAACCAAUGGGACGUGAAUCUGAUAAUAUACAUAUCAUAGCAUUAACUAAAGCAGCUGUUGUACCAUUACGUAUUGUUUAUAUGGAUCGAAAUCAACAAUCAUCAUUAACUAUACAUGAUUUUACAGUUACAGAUGAUGAAAUGAAAGAAACAUUCAAACCAAUGAUCACAAUGCUUUAUCGACCUGGUCAUUAUGAUUUAUUAUAUGAAAAUUAA